AUUUAAUGAUAAUUCAUAUUACCUGUAAACAUUUGAAAUUUUAACUAGCGCUACCUAAAGUUCAGAAGCAGAAACGUUUUCAAAAAAGUAAUAACCUCACGCGAUUUGCUUUUGGCGCGAAAUAGUUUGUUCAAGAGAUUAAGUUACUGCACUACAAUGGACACUAGCCGAUACAGAAGAAAGCAAGUUAAACCCGAAUAUGAAAGUGAUACGGUCGUUUAUCCGCACAAUCUUUCCAUGUACACAACACCACCUUCACAAACAAUUCAAUUAUCAGAGUUUGAAGAUAUGGCGAUUGAUCGUUUACGACUUUUGCGUAUCAUAGAGUACGCUUCUAUAAUUGGUAACAAAGUAUUCUCACCUGAAUGGAAAAAUUGCAUAAUGCAAGAACUAAAGAAACAGAACCUAAAUAAGUAUGUGCGAAUGCUUAAAUGUGAUUCACAUGUGAAACCAGGAGAUAUUCAAAUUCGUCGUGAAGAUCACAUUUCUCAUCACAUUCUCAGAUUAGCAUACUGUAGAACUGAAGAACUUAGAAGGUGGUUUUUAAAUAAGGAACUUGAGCUCUUUAAAUUGAAAUUAAUGAACACUAGUGAUGAGAGCAUCAAUGAAUUUAUGAAAAUUUAUAACUUGGAGUACACACCAGUCACUGAAGAAGAAAAACAAAACUUCAGGGAUGAAAUCAGUUGUUCAACUAGUGGGCAUUUUGUUUUGGAUGCAACAACUUUUUAUAAAGUACAUUUCUUACAAGUGUUGCCUUUAUUACAGCAGUAUAAAGUUUUUAUCAGAAAUGGAUUUGCAUUUGUUCCUAACUAUGAGAUCAGCACAUGCAUUAUUUCUACUUAUAGAAGUUCUUUAAAUGAAUCAUUAGCUACUGCAUCAAAACGCAUUUCUAACUUGAAUGAUGCAAGGAUCACAUAUUUCCUGCAGAAUAUUCAUCAGGCAUACACAGGAAAGAUGUACGAUCAGAGCAACUCCAAGAAUCAAGGCAAAGUCAACUUGGCAAAUAUCAAUCAAUGCGCACGCGAUCAUUUCCCACUUUGCAUGCGAAACAUUCACGACGCAUUUAGAACUCUACAUCAUUUGAAGUUCCACAGCAGGCUGCAGUAUAUGUUAUUUAUAAAAGGUUUAGGUAUGAUCUACGAUGAUGUUAUGGAAUUGUGGCGCGAGGAGUUCACCAAAAAGAUAGAUCAAGACAAAUUUGAGAAACAAUACGCAUAUUCAAUUAAACACGCCUUUGGAAAAGUUGGUAAGAUGCAAAGUUAUUCGGCAUACAGUUGCGCUAAAAUUAUUAGUGGCAAUGUCGGUCCGGGGGAAACACACGGUUGUCCAUAUAAACACUGGGACGUAACUUCUUUGAAAACCAAAUUGGAAGAAUUGGGCAUAAGUGGAACUGGUAUUAAUGAGAUUUUGGAAGCUAAACAAGGCGGGCAUUACCAAAUUGCAUGCGGGAAGUUUUAUCAGCAUUUUCAUGGGCAAGACAGUCUGAAUCCAGUCAACCAUCCUAAUCAAUAUUUUGAAGACAGCUAUGAACUAAAGUACAAGGGUGCUACUAUAGAUAAAAUGAAUGAGUCUAAGAUGGAUGUCACAAUGACUCAAAGUACUCAAUAUUCACAAAUCUGAUGUUUUUAAUUUUAUAAUUUUAAAAUAAUUUUAAUCCUUCAUUUAUGCAGGUUAACUUAUUUUGUAUUAAAGUGAAUAGUUUCAUCGA